AGGGGAGGAGUAUUUCAGUUGGCUUGUUCCCCCAUAAGCGUGUGUUGUGUUUGAGUUUACGGUAGAGGACUUGAUUAUAAAACAGAACAGAGAACUACUUUCUUUUAUAUCAGUAUUGGAUUUGUUUCCAGUUAAUAUUACAGUAGAAUAUCUUUCUUUGUCAAGGUAUAACAGACAUGUUAAGGUCGGUGUGUAGGGUAGGAGGGGUGUUCUUAAAGCAUUCCAAGUGGAACCCAUCUAUUGAAUGGAUGCCACUGACUCAGCAGAGGUGGUCCUCCGGCCUGCCUAUGAACACAGUUGUGCUGUUUGUACCCCAGCAAGAGGCUUGGGUGAUAGAGCGGAUGGGAAAGUAUCACAGGAUUCUGGAACCAGGAUUGAAUUUCCUUAUCCCGCUUUUAGAUCGUAUCAAAUAUGUGCAGAGUCUUAAGGAGAUUGUCAUCAAUGUUCCAGAGCAAUCUGCUGUUACACAUGACAAUGUCACCUUACAGAUAGAUGGAGUUCUCUAUCUUCGAAUAAUGGAUCCUUUCAAGGCUAGCUAUGGAGUUGAAGACCCUGAGUAUGCAGUAACCCAGUUAGCACAAACCACCAUGCGAUCAGAACUUGGGAAGCUUUCCUUGGAUAAAGUUUUUCGGGAAAGAGAGUCUCUAAAUGCCAAUAUUGUUGCAGCCAUUAACCAAGCAGCAGAUUUCUGGGGGAUCAGAUGCUUGCGAUAUGAAAUAAAAGAUAUUCAUGUACCACCAAAGGUCAAAGAUGCUAUGCAGAUGCAGGUGGAAGCAGAAAGGAAGAAAAGGGCUACGGUUCUGGAGUCUGAGGGGCACAGAGAAGCUGCAAUCAAUGUAGCAGAAGGCAAAAAACAAGCUCAGAUUUUGGCAUCCGAGGCUCUAAAGAUGGAGCAGAUUAAUCAAGCUGCUGGUGAGGCCAAUGCUGUAUUAGCCAAAGCAAAAGCAAAGGCUGAAGCUAUUAGAUUACUGUCUGAAGCUCUGACAAAACAGAAUGGCAAUGCUGCUGCGUCUUUGACUGUAGCUGAACAGUAUGUAGCUGCAUUCUCAAAAUUGGCAAAGGAGUCCAACACUAUUCUGCUGCCUGCAGGCACAGGAGAUGUUACCAGCAUGGUUGCUCAGGCUAUGGGCAUCUAUGGUAACCUCACAAACAAGAUACCUCAGAAGACAAAAGUAGAACAUACAGAAGAUAACACCAGCCCUGAAAUAGUGACUUUUGGCCAAGCAGAAACUGAAAGACCUGUGUCAAGUUGACAAAAUAGAAGCGAAAGUGCAUACAACCUUUGAAAAACAAAAAAAAUAAAAUGACUAAAUUGAUGAUUGCAGGAAACCAGUUUCUUGGUUGCCAGAUGUACACAUCUCCUUUUUUUACAUGAUAAUAAAGCACCAUGUGGAAAAAAUGAAAA